CACGUUCGCCAGGGUCCAAGGAGCGCCGCGGUGACUGCUGCUAGUCUCCAGAGUUAGGGGAAGCCCCGGGAGUUGGGGAGGAAGCCCGGGGCCUGUUUAACGACCUCCUGCAGCCUUCCUCCCACCUGGCCCCUGCUGCAGAUCCGCCUCCCGACAUGCUUGGUCCUGAAAGAACCCAUAUUAAGUGUGGCUCCUGAAAUGGAUAUUAUGGACUACUGCAAAAAAGAGUGGAGGGGAAAUACUCAGAAAGCCACAUGUAUGAAAAAGGGCUAUGAGGAAGUUUCUCAGAAAUUCACCUCCAUAAGGCGAGUUCGUGGUGAUAAUUACUGUGCGCUGAGGGCCACGCUGUUCCAGGCGAUGAGCCAGCUGGCGGAGCUGCCCCUCUGGCUGCAGGACCCCGAGCUCAUGCUGUUACCAGAAAAGCUGAUAAACAAGUAUAGCUGGAUCAAGCAAUGGAAACUUGGGCUGAAAUUUGAUGGGAAGAGUGAGGACCUGGUUGAAAACAUUAAGGAGUCCCUUACCCUACUAAGGAAGAAGUGGGCAGGCCUGGCUGAAAUGAAAACUGCUGAAGCAAGGCAGAUGGCUUGUGAUAAACUGUUUACAAACGAAGAAGAGGAAUACAGCCUCUACGAAGCUAUAAAAUUUCUAAUGUUAAACAGAGCCAUUGAACUAUAUGAAGAUAAAGAGAAGGGAAAGGAAGUCCCGCUUUUUUCUGUGCUCUUAUUUGCUCGAGACACAUCGAACGACCCUGGGCAGCUACUGAGAAACCACUUAAACCAGGUGGGACACACUGGUGGCCUUGAACAGAUUGAAAUGUUCCUUCUUGCCUAUGCUGUUCACCACACCAUCCGGGUAUACCGGCUGUCCAAGUACAGCACUGAAGAGUUUAUCACCGUCUAUCCCACUGACCCACCCAGGGACUGGCCCGUGGUGACCCUGAUAGCUGAAGACGAUCGGCACUAUAAUGUUCCUGUCAGAGUGUGUGAAGAGACAAGUCUGUGAGAGAGACACCUGUGUGGACAGCCAAAUGAUGUGGUACAGGUGCACACACAGCUCCUGUGGGGACCUCUGGUCUGCAGGUCUCUAAAGGACAGCGUGUAAGAAGUCUUAGAGCCCUGAAGCCAAGUUGGACUGAGAUGUUCUGAAGACUAGCUUUUUAUAAUAAGAAUUUAGUCCUGUCCCUCAUUGGUUACAUCUGUUACACAGUAUGUUUCAGUGGGGCCUUCAGAGCAUGCCUGUUGGAAGGUCCAUAAGGCAAACAAACACGUUUGUAUCAGAGGGAACUCAGUUUGGAGAGGAAUAUAUUCAUGUGUUGAAUGAAAGUUCUAAUGGUAAAGUAGCUUUUACUUCUUUUAAGAGAGUAAUUUUUUAUUUGAUUAUUAUUUUUUGUGGUGGUGAUGGGUCUCUUUAGUGAUCUUCUUAUGCCAUUUACUUAAGUGGUAGAAUUCUGGGAUGGAUAAUCACCACAUCCUCUGAUAGUCUCACCUGCUUUUGGAGAGAUGAACAGUGGUCUGAAUUCACCUUAGUAAUACUGUUUUAAGCAGAAUGUCUCUUAGAAGAUUAAGAAUUAGGUACCAAAGUAGGUUGAAGGAGCAGCAGGAAGGCGUGGGAGGAGCCUAGACCUUGGUUCCAGAGCUCAGUCAGGGAGAUAACCUGACACGGAGCGGAAGUCCUCCUUGCACAUGUACGCUAGUAUUGGGUGUUGUGGAUUACUGUAAAGUUCCAGUGAGUCAUGAUUUUAUGGUUAGAACCGAGUCUGCCUGUCACUGAUACAGGUUCAGAGGUAGGAUUGAGCUGGGUCCUAGUCCUCUGUGCCCUUUUCGUGCUGUUGAAGGCAGUGUGCAUUGUCAGACCCACGUAAGUCAUCCUCUGCGGGAUGAGUGACAGCAAACUGACUCCUCUCACAAGGCAGAGCAUUGGCAAGCAUGAGUGUGGCAGAGUGUGGCAGAACUGUUGUGCCCUUGGUUUGGCAUGGGGAGCCUGAGGGAGGCAGUAGUCCUGGCUGUGAGCAGUAGCCCACAUGGCACACACCAUGCUUCUGACGGGCAGAGGUGACUGGGCAGAGGUGCUGAGCACGGGUUGCCUUAGGACUUGAGGUGUGUUCCUCAAGAUGUGGAUCAUUGUCUUUGUUCAUGGGGACCACACACAUCUCUCUUGAGGAUUCUGUCUACAGCAGCUGAAUCGGUUUAGUAUUUGUGGAGGCAGUGUUACUCUGAUAUAUUGGGUGUAUUGUGAUAAUUAAAAUCCGUAUUUGAUCCAAUUUCAUAUAGAUGAUUAACCUGUUUUGAGAGGAAGGACAACUUUUGAAAAUAUAAAUUUUUCUUUUAAUUAAGAUUAAGUCUUAGAUAAGAAAACUCAGGAUGUAUAAACUAAUCAGACUGCUACUGUAGUAUCUUCCAUUACCUCAUAGUAAUAGUCACCAUGUUUUGUUAGAUGUUUAUUGAUCAGAGUGCUGGAAUCAAAUGCUGUUCUCAGUGUGUGUGAAUGUUGAAAGGCUGGGUUUUUCACUGUGAAAUGCAGUGGUGCCUUGAGUAUAGAAGUACCUAGCAGCCAAAUUAAAAUAAUCUCAAUGACUUAUGACUGGCCUUAUGCUUCAUUUUGGUAUCUGUAACUCAGCAUCAGGGAAUACCUGCCAUUCAUAUGGGAACAAUUUGAAAGCACUACCUGAAAUGCUUCAAUAAUGAUAAUGCACAGCAGCUGGGGUCUGCGACCUUGGGCUUCCUUGAAUAUGACCAUCCAUCAGUUCAUGUCCCUGUUGAAUUUCAGCGUUGAAGAUAUUCUAAUCUUAAGAGGCCCUUAACUAGACUCCAGGGAAUUUGAAUUUCAUGUUUCUUUCAUGUUCCUAUGGAUGGUAUUGUUAGAUGUAGUUCCCCUGCAUUAUGUCCUAUGAAGUUAAUGUUACUUUUCUAGGAUAUUUUUGGAUUUGCCUUUUCGUGAGCUGGUUGUGGUUGUAUAGUACCCAUUGGGUUCACUCCUGCAUCUAGGUCAUGAUGGCAGCAUUAGUGACCUCUAACUUAGAAUUUGGGCCUUUGUGAGUUUGAUGUGACAUGGUUUCAUUUCCUCUUCUUUACAGUAUGCAGAUAUUUUAAGUACACAGAGAAGGAUUUGUCCCAUUUUCUAUACAUAGCCAUUUAUAUUUUCAUCACACUAUAAUGGAUUCAGUGAAUGGAUGAGAUUUGAGAUUUUUCUUUAAGCAAAAUGAACAUUGCCUUUGUAUUGUUUUGGUAUUUUUUCCUUUCCAGUUUUAGGACUUAAGUAACAUCCCUCUGAAUUGAUAAAACUUCUGUUGGAAGAACA